GCGAAAGCACUUACCCGUUCCGUAUUCAUAAAACAUUUUUCAGCUUCUUAUAAUGAAGUUAGCUCCAUCUGAGAUCCAUUACAGCCAGGAUUCUAUUUCAAAUAGGUUUGGGAAAAGCACCCAACAUUCUGGAGUACUGAUAGGUGAGACUUUAGACAAAAUUUUGACAGGAGAUUGCAGUAUUUUCGACAUAAAUACCAUUCAAGUAGUACGUCGCAAUGGCCUCUACCUAACGGCGGACAAUAGAAGAUUGUGGAUUUUUAAGAAGCUUGAAGAAAUGGGAGAAUGUACGGAGAUUCCAGUACAUAUGACCCAUUAUAUAAAUCCUCUAAAAAAUGUUACUGGAUCAUCAAUACGAGUUAGAGGGAAUCCAGGGGGUCAUUUGUGGCGGACUUGGAAUGAGCGUCGACAAUCCGUAUUCACCAAGCAGAAUUCAGACUCUUGUGAAUCUGAUAACCAAUUUUUGCUGAGAAAUUUUCCCAGAAUGUCUUUAUUUCCUACAGUGUGGGGACAUUUGCCCCCGUCGAAAAUGUAUUAUAGUGUAUCGCAAAUUCAAUGCGAGUUAUCAGAGCUGGAACAGGAUGUCAAAAAAAUUUGCACUGGUUAUUUUUCAUUCACUGAUGUUGAAAUGAAAGUCUAUCAGUAUGGAAAUAAAUACUGUGCUUUAGACAAUGAAAUGCUAUGGAAGUUACGCGUGGCAGAGAAAUUUCAAAAAUGUUCUUCUGUAAAGUUUUACGUUGUUGUUAAGCCAAGUUGUACUAGCUAUCCAUAUUUUUCGGAGGAGUUACAUAUUGAUAGUGAAAAAAGUGAUUUUUUCUAUAAAUUUCGUCAAACCAUAUUGAGGUUGCCGACACUGGAAACUAUACACGUCCACUCUUCUAAAAUUUCUUAUAGCGGUCCCUGCUUGCCCGAUUUUUAUAAUGGGAAGUCAAUUAUUGCAGCAUUGGUUGAUUUUAGAGAAAACCCAGAAGCUUUAUCAGUUGUCAAAAACAGUGGGGAAUAUUAUACUCUGGAAAACCGAAAACUCUGGAUUUUUAAACAAAUUUCUAAAAUAGAGAGACGGCCACCAAAAAUAACUGUGCAUAUCAAAAUGGAAAUGGAUUCUAACAUGUUGCGAUAUUUCACCUCCAAUUUCAUUUCACCGCAUUUUACAACUGUUAAAUUCAAGGAAGUUUAUCGCCAUUCCGCCUUGGAGAAAACUUUCCUUGAUUUUUUGCAAAGAGAAGAAGAUAAUGAUGAUAUUGAUGAUGAUGUCGGUGAAGAUAAUGAUCCAUCAUAAUUACAUUUAUGUGCAUGUAAAAUGGUAUUGCUAAUUAAAAAUUGAUCCAAUU